AUGGCAUUUAAUAGUAACUUCAGCGAGGCUGAAAUGUUCUUGGCUUCGUUACAGUCAGAGGAUAGCAGUGAUUGCGACAGAAGUGAUAACGGGUACGACUUCUUCAACACGUCACCCAAUCAAGGUGCAAGCAACGCGAGCGAAAUGCUUCUCGGAACUAAAAACAUGGGAAGAAACGGUAUCUCGAGUGGAUCUGGAAAUUCUGUGGCUAUGAAUUUGACUCCGGAGUCGUUCAACUCUUAUUACGAUCAGAAUCAGGCGUCACAACAGCAAUCCAUGAAUUUUGGUGUUGCGUCAAUGCCCUUGAAGCAAAUGAAUUCGCUCGGAAGUGCGUCAACUGGUAACACACAGAACUACACCGAGAAUAACAGCCCAUUCGAUCUCGGGGUUGACUCGAAAGCUAAUAUUUUUAAUGAGCCUGGGAUUUUCGGUCCUAUCAAGAACGAGCACUCUCCAAAGCUGAAGAUGGAGUCUGACGAUUUGAAGUCCUUGAUGAAUACUGACCCGGAGCCAAGCGUAAGCCCUUCCGGAGAUCUUGAUCCGGGAAGUCUAUCAUCAAUCAAUGGCAAAAUCACAAAACCUAAGAAGGAAAGAACAUCACACAAUGUUAUCGAGAAGAAAUAUCGUACAAACAUUAACGACAAAAUUUUGCAGCUAAGGGAAAUUGUGCCCUCACUGCGGAUUGCCUCCAAGCGCGAAGCAGGUGUUGCUGUGACUGACACUGACAAAAGAGAUUUAGACGGUCUCGAACCGGCACGUAAGCUGAAUAAAGCCUCUAUUUUGAUCAAAACAAUCGAAUACAUCAGACAUUUAGAAAACAAGUGCUCUACUUAUAAAUUUGAAAAUGAAAAAUUAAAGUCUGCUCAAGGUCUAUCUACUCCUGAAAGCGUCCGUAAUAAUUCUACGGGCACCAGUGAAAUUUUGGGCGAUGCUACUCAACAUGCACAUGGAACGCCAUAUUCUCAGGCUUAUCCAGGAAACCAGGGUAAUUCUAUGAGGCACUCCGAUUUGACGGGCAAGUUUUUGAUGGGUGGUCUCGCCUUGACUAUGGGUGCCUCUUGCUUUGGUGAGGACAAUGACUUUAGCACUGCAAGAGGUUUAAUGUCUGUGCCCGUUUUUCACUACUCGCCUAUGAGUGGAUUCACUAUGUCAAAUAAUAAUGGUAUCGUAAACUUGCAUGCCGCUCUAAUGUCACUCCUUAGAAUUAGUCUGUUAAUGGCUACUAUGCUACACUUGAUGCGUAGCUUGUGGCGCAAGGCUGCAGAAAACAAAAUGCAACAACAGGAUCACGCCGUUGUUCAGUUCUCAGACACUGUGGCAUUCUCUUCUCCUAGUCUUCUUUGGGAUACUUUGAAGAAGACUUUGUUUGUGAACAGGCUGAAAUACCCUGUGAACUCCAUAGAAAGAAUUGAAUCGGAAUUAGCUGCGUGCUUUGCUUUGAAGCUGUACUCAUUGCCCUUCCCCUUCAGUGCCAUAUCAAGUCGCUACGUAGCGUCAACCUGGGCUAAAAUCAAGAACCAAGUUGAGCUUGCCAAUAAGAGAAACAAGGGUGCUUUGAAUACUGGUUUUGAGUGGGAGAGAAUCACACACGUACUGACUACUUCAAGAGAGGAGACGCUCGAGAACAGAAAACUGUUGUCGCUACUGUCUACUGAGCCAGUGCUUUUCAGUUUGAAGGAUUUUGUCGGCUUUGUGAAUGAAGUUUUGAUUGAGUCAAGUGCUGAAUCUGUUAUUGCGGUACUACUCCAACAAAGCGCGUCAUGUCAAAGACCCAUAGCAGAGGUCGCUGAAAAAGUGUACGCAUCUGAGGUGUUUAAUAACCAGAAUUUGAAGUUCUCGCGAGAAAGCUUCACUGCUAUGAGCUGUUUAUUAGAGGCAUCCGAAAGAAAUAUUGAUUCGCUUCUGAAAUUAAUAAAAACAAAACCGGUUGGUGAGACAAACAAAUCUAAGGCAGACAGGGAUCAAAUCUUUGUUCUAUACUCUGCUAUUGUGAGAAAUCUACUCUCAAAUGGGAAGGAUAAAGCUUCCUUUAACUGGGUGUUUAAAGUAUCUCUGGCAGAUUUAACCCAUGAAGGCUGUUCUAUUGUGGGCGUAGCUGCAAUGUAUUUGAUGCUUCGCUCAUUAAUGGAGCGGGAAUCAUCAGAGGGAUUUGAAAUGUUGUAUGGUAAAUUGGAGGAGCUUAGUGGGAAGUUGAGAGUAUGGCUCGGCGAUCAAUCCACUACUAUCCUCGCUUUAGAAGAUAGAGGUAAGUUGGUCGAUUAUUGUGUGGAAACGGCACUUAAAUGUGGAACGACCAGUACAGUUGAAUUGGAAGGAUCCACCGAGAGUGAAGAAUUCACUGACGACGAUAAUGACGAGGAAUUGACGGAAUGA